CUCGCCCAGUUUGGUGCAAUUUUCGAAAAGCUUUUUCACCCUUCUCUCUGUUCUCUGUCUGUCUGGCUGUCCGAGGAUGGUGUGGAAAAUGUCAGUCAAAAUUUAAGUUUUUCUCUUCCAUCGGUAGCGAAAUUUGGUCGUGUGUUUAAUUUCGGAAUUAUCCCUUAACCGUUUCCCGGUGUUUUCCUGUGUGACUAAGAAGUGAGAUACCUUGUGCAUAAAGAAAGUCUGAUGCCAUGCAUUAGCAAGGACGAAAGUCAGCAGUGUCGUGGUCAAUCAUUUCAGUGUUUCUUAUUUCCUCGUGUGUCCUGUUGAAUCAUCUUACAAAACUAAGGCGGUGGCGUUGGUGAAUAUCUCGUAACUCAGUGGCAGUGAGAAUGAAUUUCUCCGCGUUUGGUGGUCCAUUUUCCGGAAUCCACCAGUUUGCGGCAAAGUUUGGCAGUAAUGAUGGAGCCUUCACCAGCACGAAUACUGCGGCUGGAAAUGGCGCCGGACCAGGUGGCAUUGUGGGUGGUGGAGGUGGUGUCGGUGGCGUUCCAGGAGGAGGAGGAGGAGGUGGCGGAGCGACUGGUGCUCCGGGAAGCGCCUCUAUUGGCCAACAGGAUCUGAACCGAUACCAUGGAUCGAAUGGAAAUCAUUUCAAUCAGAAUUCUACCUCAAUGGUCAACACCAUGUCCUACGGCCAAAACAUCUCUAUCCCGUACAGCCAGCCUCAGACCGAUCAUGGAUUUAUCAACAGUAUGCAAACCGAUCAGAAUAAACUGAAGAACAGUAUCAAGAUCGAUCGUGACGAGAUGAUAAACCAGCAAAUUCUACAGAAUGUGAAUCAAUCCUGGCAAACGUUGGCCAAUCCUACCAACACGGUUGACUAUUCGUCACAUCUGCUGUCAGCCACACUGCCAAUCUCGAUACAACACUUUCUCAAGUAUUCCGAAUCUAUCAAAAAAGAAUCAAAUGGCGUUGGCUCUGGUCUGACUUCCCCGGGGCCACUGAGUGGGCUGAUAGGAGUCGAGACGAAUGCGUUUAACGUGCAAAAAGACUUACUCAAUUUUAAGAACGGUUCGAACUUGAAUUUAGCACUAGGAAAUGUGGCCGUUAGUGCCGCAGCUGCAAGCUUAGGACUGAAUCAUCAGCAUUUGACCCAUCACAUCAGCAGUCAUCAGGACACCAGCCAUAACUAUGGAAACAUCAAUCAGCUUCCAAUUGUAUCUACCAAUACAACUAAUGGCCAAACACAGCCUAUCAGCCAACAAAACGCUAUCAACGGUACGAUAAAUGGAGGCACGGUUCCAACAACUACGACCGCCAGCACGAAUGGUACCACUGGAGCUACUACUACCGGCGGAACGACCACAACCGGAAAAUCCAAACGCCAAAAGAAGGAAAAGAAACGUAAACCACCGAAGGAGAAGAAACCCCGCCCGAAACCGGGACAGAUUCGGGAAACAAAGGCACUGGACGGAUCGCCGCUGUUUUGCUGUCCGGAGUGCCAGAUGGCAUACCCGGAACGUGGGCUGAUCGAGCAGCACGUCAUUUCGCACGCCGUCGAACGUCGCUUCGUAUGCGACAUUUGCCAUGCGGCUCUGAAGCGCAAAGAUCAUCUGACUCGGCACAAAUUGUCGCACAUCCCCGAUCGGCCGCAUAUUUGUAGUAUAUGUUUAAAGUCGUUCAAGCGUAAGGAGCAGCUCACUCUUCACAUCGUGAUUCACACUGGCGAGAAGAAACAUGUUUGCAUUGAGUGUGGAAAAGGUUUCUAUCGGAAAGACCAUCUGCGCAAGCACACACGUUCACACAUCGCCCGUCGGGUCAAGUCGGAGAUGUCGGCUCAAACCGGUUCCGGAUCGAACAACUCCACCAACGCCAACAGCAAUUCAGCCCUGGCUUCCUCACUGAUGGCUACCAACAUGCAGGGUGCUCCGGUGACAGCUUCCUGAGCCUCGUACAAGGACUUUUGGUAAGGUGGAUGUUCUAAUCUUUCUCCAGUAGAAAGUUGCUCACGUAGGUGGUAAUGAGAGUGGAAUUGGAUGAAGAUAUGAUCAAAGGUUGAUGGUAAGUAUUUAUGUUGUUAUCAUCCUCUGAUACGCAAUAGACCAUAGUCAAGCAAUACCAGAUUGCAUCUAUCUAGAUUUAUUUCAAGUAGAAACUGUUGAAACUUACACCUUAAAGAGCAGGCAUGUUGAAAAAAACCCUACCGUCGAGUCGUUAUGAUUCUCAAUUCUGCAUUCAUUACACUUACUGAGAGAAUGUCGGAACUACCUUAUCAAUAGUCCCUAUCCUGAGUUGCCUGUUGAAUUACGGCUCAACCUACGAAUUGAACCAUCAGCAGGCAUCUCGAUCGAUUUUGAAACAGAACCUGAGUUAAACGAAAUAUCGAACAUUGUGUUAAUAUCUAAGGGCAAAAGGACAAAUGUUUUGGUCCAAAACCGAGUAUACGUGCAAUCUGACCUGAUCUGAACCUUUCUCCACCGGUAACUGAUGGGUAGCGAUAACGGGAAACCCUGACCGUACUAUCAACCGCUCUUGAAUUCGCUUUAAUAUGAUGACGAUCUUCAAAGCACACUAUCUCCGCCUCCUGAUAAUAGCAAUAAAGUUCGAAUCAUUGUCCACGCAAUCGAAUAAGAAAUAAAGCUACAUUCUUCAGGACUCUCCGGCACGGAUGAGGACCGGAAUGUUGCUACGACAGACUAAAGAAUAUACGAAAUCAAUAAUAUAAAUGACAGAUAAUAUUUUUACUACCGAAUGUUGCACAAACAGCUGCAAAUAUACGACGAUAUACAAUUGGAGAAGGUGUAAUGUUUUAUUUUUCGAGCGAAAACAGCUGAUGUGGUAGAUGAUAUCCUUAAGAAUAUAUAUAUUUUGUACGGAGUAUUAAAUAUCCAGUAAAAGAGAUGUUUAAGCUAACAAAUACUAUAUAUAAAACAGAAGUAUUAUGAUGACUAAAUUAUAUGCAUUAAAGUUUUAACAAAAAGUGUAAUACAUUAGGAGGAGCGGAUGAGAAUUUGCACUGAAAGCAAGUUGUUAAGUGAUUGGAACAGAGUUUUGGUAAAGGAUUUGAACAGAACAAAAAUAGAACGGGAAUUGUCGAGCCGCCGUUAGAUGUAGGAGGGAAAAUAUCUGCGAAACAAACUGAAAUAGGCUACCUUGCAUUAAAACAAAACAAAAACUAUGUCUACCUAUAGAAAAAAAGAAUGAUUCUCCUAAUAAACUUAAACUAGACCGACAAACAUUAUCGCAUGCAGCAAAGAAAGUAUAUAAGAAUUCAAAGUACAAACUAAUAAAAGAGAAGAAAAUAAUAACUGUUGAAACAAUAGUCAAAACAAAUACAAAAACCAGAACGUUACUCCAAAAGUUGCAGAAAUUAAACAAAUAACAACAAAAACAAACUUACCAAAGCGAUGUUCAAAUGAUUACUACAACAAACAAAAACGUAUGAAUUUUCAGCGAUACAAUAUAGUAUAGAAAGCUAUCACCUAUUUCUUAUAACCGAGAAGAAUUGAUAUUAGCACCAGAGAAGUGAACUAGACGAGAGGUAAAAUGCUAUUUUAUUAUUUUCAAGCAAACAAGAGUUGACAUCAGAACAGAAUUACCUGGUAACACUCAAACCGAAUCAUGAUAUAAACAAAAACAAUAACACUGUAAAAACAAUCCUGAUUGAAGCUGUUAGUAAAAUGACAACAAAAACCCGUAACGCAAACUCCGCAAAUGUGAGUUCAACUGUUGUGCAAUAGCCAAUAUAUGUGAUUUUAAUUAAAAAGACCCCAGACAAAACACAGAUUAGUUUCAAGUCCAUCUUCUAUUGCAUGCGAGGCGACUAACUGGGACGGUUCGGUUGUUAUUUUUGCUUGUGUAAUUAGUCGCGCCAUUGCUGUCGGGAUACUGUGUUAUGUUAUUCACGCCAUUGACAAAUUUUUAUAUAUUUUUUUUUCAUUUGUUAUUCCGUAAUAGUAUAGGGGGUACUGGGCCAAUUCGGACCUAGUAAGGGUUAAAAGCAAAAGAAAUGAAACAUGUCAAUUGAUUUGCAAAUAAUUAUUUUUUCUUGAAAGUCUGAUUAAUUACGCACAUUUUUUCUAAAGCGACUUUUUCCGAUCAUUUACCAUUUUGUGUAUAAACUGCUCUGCCUAAAAAUACCUCAAAGAAUUACUUCAACCCUGGUCUAAUUCGGAUGACCCAUUUCUUAUCGUUUUUUUUUGCAAUAGAAGUGAAUUCCUAGUUUGCUCUGAGUUUUUCCUUUUUGUUAUUUACUUCAUUUCGAAUUGUUAAAUGAAAAGUUCUCUUUGUUAUGUAAAACUUUAUAGUAAAUAUACAAAGGAAGUAGGAGCUGGUCCAAAUCACCUAAAAGGGGUUAUGAGCUAUAACAGCAAGAUCUUUCGACCUAUUUGUGAAAUGUUUUCCUAAAAGCUUCAAACGGUUUUUCGCCAUCUCACGUCAGAUAGAAGGGGAGCUAGGGGCGAGUUGGCAGUUGGCGGAAUUCUCUUUUCUCCGUUUCUAUUAAGCUUAUAACGCUGCCUCUUGUUGUGUACCUCAAGUAAUGUGAAGCACGUUAUCCAAUGGACCAUUGUUGCAACACAUUUUGUUCUGUAGAAGUUCCCUCUCCUAGGUUGAUGGGUUUGGCGGUAUUGUAAACAUCAUCAAGCAUAUUGCGUGCAUCAGUGCUAGAAAACCUCUGUCAGACAAUUGCUUUAAGAUAGUUAUUGCAUUACGCCUCGAGAGUGAUGCAUCGAAGAAACCGAGAAAGCUUAUGGGCCUUUUUAUGUUUUGUGUAUUUUCAUACUCUGCACCAGCCCUAACUAAUGAUCAAUCAUUAGCCUGUGCGCGCUGGCUUGGCCGAUUGGCGGAUCGACGUGGAUUGACUUUAGCUGUGUGCCUUGUUUGCAGAUAUUAUUGUAUUAGACUGCACAGUGUUGGUGGACAAGGCUCACGGUGGGGCUCAUUGAGUGACGAAUUCAGCAUCGUGCGCAAGCUAAUUAAAGAAAUGUAUAAAUAGAAGCCCAAUAGUGGUCAUUUUGUAAUAGUUGUAGUUUUUAGUACUAGUGAACAAUUUGUAUGUGCUAGUCGUAUGUCUAUCUGUGCAUGUGUUCGUCUGAGUAUUUGCAACAGCUGGGUCAGGGAAUGGAUGCAUAACUGCCAUAUAUGAUAGAAUAGUGGAUAAUCCUUCCAUUAUUCAGUUUGUGUAUUCGAUUCUAUUCACUCGGGAAGAUCAGAUUGAAUAAAUUAAUGUACAGUUAAUUUACUGACGCACGUGAAUCAUCCAUUCCCGGUCGGCAUAGCUUGAUGAAAUUCUUACGGAAUACAAUUGCCGUUAAUGGCAAAUAAACAUCACUUGCUGGCAUUUAUACGAGCUAAAGUAGUUUACAUGUUACAUGUGUUCUUUACUUCUAUUUCAUUAGUCUGUUUUGUUGUACUUCUAUUAGUUGGCUUUUCCUCUACCUAUGUAUACCAAAAAUAAUAUCGAUCAAUUUAUAGGGGAGAGUUUAUCCCCACUACUUAUAAUUAAUCUCGUUGCAUAUUUUUCCUUUAUUCGGCACUUUUAUACAAUAUCCUAAAUUAGAUUCAUGCUAACACUCACUAACACAAUUAAUUCCAUAUUUUCUCAUAUACACUCACAAUCUCUCUCAUCCCAAACGUACAAACGCUCGUGCCCUUCGCGAUAACACACACCUGGUUACAAACGCGAACAUGUAAUUGCAAUGAUCUACACAUAUUUGCGCCCGCUUCACACUUAAUUUGAAUUACCUGGUACAGUAAAAUUUUACUGGGGUUUGAACAGCAAACCGUUCGGUAAUCAAUUCAGUAAAACAAUUCGAUUACCGAACUCUCCGCAAUCCGUUCCAUCCAAACGUCAAAAAAUACUGGUCAGUCAGCAGUUUCCUCUGAAUAUGGCGACCAGAUGAUUUGCUGUACCUGUUAUGAAAUUUUUUGACGAGGUUCGGUAAUGUUGGUAUAAUUUUGCCGAACAAUCUGACGAAAUUUUACUGGAUAAUGUUUAUGUACCGAAAACAAUAAAAGUGCUGAUAAAUUCAGUGGAAAAUAUUGCGGGUUUCAGCAAAUUAUUCCAAAAAUUACUGAAAAUCGCUAAAAAAUCAAAACUUUUCGCAAUUUUUCAAACAAUUUGCAGACUGCUCCGUAAAAAUAUCACUUUACUGUGCAAGUCGUCGAAAAAAAAUUACUGAACAACUUUUGGCUGGCUUAGUGUGUAUCUCGCUAACAUUAAAGUACCCUUGUAAUUCAUCCAAGAGUCGCCCUGUGUCUCCUAAAAAUAUAUCGAUGUGAAAUUUUUAUAGGAAAUUUAUCAAGGAAACAAAGUCUCGAAGUCCGCAAAACGCUUUGACGAUUGUGGAAAAAGUUAUUAAGCAAAAAUCGACUGAAGAUUGACGAAAAUUUCAAUUUUCAUAGCACUACUGCUGCUGACGGUCGAAUUACAUACAGCAUUUUUAACUUUCUCUAACUGUGUACAAAAGAAGCCUCAAUUUGUCCCUCAAAACUCUUGGAAAGUGACUAAACAGUUCAGAUCAUUGAUUUACACUGUUUAGUAUCGAAGGCGGAGGGACGAACUUGGACCAAAAACCGAUUUCCAAACGACCGUAAUUAACCGCGAGUACCUUUUUCGAAUUUCAAUUUCGGAGAUAAACAAAAACGCGACCGAACGUUACUGUACCAAUUCAUUUUAUUAUGUUUUUUCAAAGAAAAAUGUUCACAUCAAUUCAUUGUCUUCCGGCAAAUGACAUUGUAUGAGGAAAACAUAGACAGGUUGUACGCCACGGGGUGGACGCACCGAUGAUCACCAACAUCCAUCCCGCCUUGGGGCAACGGCUCAAUCAGGAAGUGAACAAGGCUGCUGGACCGAGCGCUGUUAUUCCGAUUUACCUCUACGAGUGACGUUGCGUACUAGUCCUUGUUUAUCCGGAUGAACCUAAGCUGAUGGUGGGCUACUAUCGUUCUUCACUAGUACCAAUUACCCAGACUUCAAGUUAACCUGCUUCAUUUUCCACUUUCCUUUUGGGUGCAACGUGGCAAUGUACUUAUCACGCCUACGUUUCCAAAACUCCUCCGUAUACCGUUGUACUCUUUGUCAUCGAUCGAGCUGAUUCAUCUUGAGAUGAGUGUCUAGGUCUAGUUCAGGCAAUAGAUUUAACGGUUGUCCAACUAAAAAAUGUCCCGGUGUAAGCGCUUCGAGGCUAUCGGGGCAUGAAGAGAUAGAACAGAGGGGUCUCGAAUUGAGACAAGCCUCCACUUGACACAAUACCGUCGACAACGGAGGUUUUAACUACCGCUUCCCAUAUGCCACCUUGGUGUGGACUUGAGGGACAGGAAUGAAUCGCCAACAAAUUCCGAAAUUUAUGAAGAAAUACUCCUUUUGCUUGACGUGUUUGGUAAAAACGUCAUAGAUUUCCUGCAGCUAUUGAUCGGGACCUACCAGAUUCGUGCCGUUAUCGGACCACACUUCGCUACAAUAUCCACGGCUUGCGAUCAUCCUCUUGAGGGCUCUUAAAAACGUAUCAGUGGUUAGAUCUCCUGCAACUUCCAAAUGGAUAGCCUUACUUCAAAGGCAAACAAAAACAACAAUAUAUCCUUUCAUACACCGUGCUCCUCGAGUGUUCCCAGUCAGCGUAGCAAGCAGAAAGUUAGCAAAAGUUGAGCAAAGCGAAAUUGAUUCUGACAGCGUUUCUGCCAGUGUUUUGUGCGAUUUGUGUGAGAAUUCUGGCAAAGAAUUCGCUCAAAUGCAACAACCGUUUCUGACACAAGCGGUUGAACUAACCGACGCUGCUCUUUUUUAGCCAGAAUCCAACGAGGAAUGUACGGUCAAGAUUUCUGUGCCACAUCUUUGUCAGAUGUUUUGCUCGAUUCGUGCUAAAUUCUACCAGGUAGAAAUUGCCAGGAUCUUUUGCACGAUUUAUUUCCGAGUUAUGCCAGGGUUUUGCUCGGUUUCGACAUGCCACUCACUGUCACUCGAGCCGCUGCCAAACUUCCCAUCGACUGUUUUGCUGUCAGCGCCUUGCGACGACAACACAUCAUACACCCCAUUGAAUUACCUGUUUAAUAAUCCUUUGACAACCUUGAACCCAAUAACGCUGGUUGUUUGUUGCUGUCAUUAAAGUUGACCCGGCGUGGCAAUUGUUGACAUGAAUCUCCUCCAGCAGUAGUUUUGUUAAGCGACGAUUUUUCGAUGAAAUUAUCGGGUGUUUGACGUCGAAUGUAUACAAUUAGUGUUGCAACCGGGCACCGACCCGGAGCGUGCCGGUACUAUCCAGGAACGGAUACAGUCUUGAGAUGCUAAACUUGCAGGGAACAUUAUCCCCAUGAGCUUGCGCCUUAAUUUCACCUUCGUAGAAUUCUUGCUGCGCCAGCCGGACGAACUGCAUUCGAGCCUGAUUUAGCUCCGACGGUAAAAUUGAACCGGAGAUCUUGUUGUUGUCCAUAUUGUAAACGAAUCUCCUAACGCGAGCGAGCUGCUAACAUGCAGCGUUGAGUUCGGAUCGUUGCUCCAGGAUUUGCUUCUCGAUUAUGUUCCUUGUUAUUGGAAAACUACCGGUAAUGUUUAAAGAAUGAUACCACUUACGCACCUCCAGUGUUCCUUCAUCGUGUGUAUUAUCUGGUACGUCUUGGCUCCAUGUCAGGGAUUCUUCAGAUAGCCAAGCAGGCCGUUUCCAUCAGAGCAGUUAACUGCUAAGCUCUAGCGGGGAUAUGUCUCGAGGAGCACAAUCCGCCGAAUUUUCCCUCGAUGUGACGUGUGUCCAGUGCCUUCUAGGCAGUAUGUCUAGGAUCGAAGAUGUUCUAUUUGCUAUGUGAGUGUUCCAUUUCCAGUGAGCGGAUAACCAUUGCAAAACAAUCGUAGAAUCUGUCCAAGCAUACUGUUCGAUCUGGAAUCUCUCUAACGGUUCUGCAACCUUUCUGAUGAGUUUCGCCAACAGUUCAGCUGCAUUGAGCUCUAGACGUGGUAUGGAGAUUUUUCGCACGUUCGUUUUCGCUGCUAGUGUGGUGACAUGGACUUCGCCGUUGCUGUCAGUUGACCUAAGGUAUACCACAACUUCGAAUGCCUUCUCAGAAGUGUCUGAAAAACCAUGCAGCUGAACGCGGCCGUUGUAUUUGGGUGCCCAUCUGGAUAUCUUAAUUUGCUUAAGCUGAUGUAGGUUUUUCUUCAACUCGCUCCACGCCUCUCCGAUGGUGGGGGGCCGCAUUAUGCCAGUUAAGAUCGUAGAGCCAACAUUUCUGGUAGAGAAUUUUGACUCGUAUAAUCAUUGGUGCAAACCAUCCGAAAGGAUCAAAUAGUUACGCUGAAUCCGACAAGAGUUGGUGUUUCGGUUGACAUGGUUACCUUGAACGUGAACACAUCUUCCCUUGGAACCCAAUGCGUUCCAAGUUCCUUCACGGCGUUCCGUUUAUCAGGAAAUUGGAUCAAUAUCGAGUUGUUGGUUGUGUCUGACAAUGACUCCAGCACUUCGCCAGAGUUCGAGCUCCAUUUGCGAAGCGUAAACCCAGCUUCACCGAGAAUUUCAUUUAUCUGCCCAAUAAGCUUUUUUGCCUCAUCCAUCGAAUCUGUACCUGAUGUUAAGUCGUCGACGUAUGGUGUAUCUACUGCUUCUGGAUAUUUUGUCUCGAAAGUCUCAGCCGCCUUGUGCAGUGCAGCCAUCACUAGGAACCCGGAGUUCUUAAGUCCGUAGGUAAAAGUAAGAAGACGAAAAUGUUGAUCCGAUGAAUCUCGCUAUACGAUACGCAUGUAAGCGGUGUCGUCAUGAUGUACCAAUAUCUGACGAUACAUCUUCUCGAUGUCCGCUAUGAAUACAAUCGGAAAGGUUCUGAAUCGCAGUAGCACUUCGAACAGAUCUGCGUUGAUGUUCGGGGUGUCCAAUAUUAUAUCGUUGAGUGAUGCUCCGGUCGUGGUUGCAGACGAGCCGUCAAACACCUCCUGGAUUUUGGUAGUGGUGCUGUCUUCUUUGGCGACGCCGUGGUGCGGCAAGUAAUACGACUUUGACCAAUCCAAGGAGCUUUUAUUCUCAGGUGAUACGAUCCUUGAAAUCGCCGAUCAGCCAUGUUGGUGCUGGAAACAACAGCUAACAACAUUGUUUACUACAUCUCCAUGCGUGUUUGCUUGGAUUUUAGUAUGUAAACAAAGUUAUUCGCUGUCACUCUUCUUCCCGCAGCUUGCUGCACGCUUACCUCACUCCUCGCCUAGUUACUGCCAAAGACAAAUCACCUUAGAACUCUAAGCACCUUGGACCAAUCCACGUCAAUCUCCGCUGGUGGUACAAUCAUCAUGCGACCUAGUUCCUGGUACUCCCGCAUGAACGAUAUAUAGCGUUGCUUGAAAUCAUUGUUACUGUCGAAUCUGCGUUCGAUCCAUCUCAAUCACCUGGUAGCGGCAACUAGAGAAUUUCCAAGUUUCAGCUUCGAAUCAUCCAUUGGUAAACGAACGAUGAAGCGACCUUCGUGCGAGCGUGUUAAGGUGGAGUUAAAUAGUUCCAUCAUCCUAUGAUCAUCCUUGGUGUGUUGCUUGGGACCGUGUAACUCCUGAUCUUCCCAAACUAAGCACAGAGUCCGAUAGAUAUCAACCUACUGCUGCAAACUGAUGACCGAAUGAUAGGUAUUUGAGCACAUUCUUGUUUCGAGAUUUUUCCUGUCACCAUACAUCCGAACACGGAACGCUGUGCCAUAGGCUUUCGUUGUGAUCCUUAACCUGUCCUAUUUGCAGCAUCAACAGGAACAUGUCGGCUCCAAGAAUAAUGUCUGUUGGGGCAGGUUUAUUGAACAGCGGAUUCCAAAUAUGGCAUGUUAGAUACGCUGAAACGCUGACACGGUAGAGUUGCCGUCAGCUUCCCCAAUAUGUAGGCUUGAGCAAUGAGCUUUGUUGUAUUUUCGAAACGUGAUGAGAUCACCAGUGUAACCUUGCCGGCGGUUUUGCUGACGACUUCUGCGCUGACACCAGUGAAGCGUUGCUGCGUCUCCAUCCAAGACGCCUGACGCACGCUUGUGUAAUGAGCGAUACUUGUGAACCACACUCCACGAGAAUUCCUACAUCGUGCAGUUUUCCAUUGCUCCCUUCCAUUCGUCCCGGGUUCGCUGAUGCUACUGCUGGUACUACACCGGUAUCCCGGCUUUUUAACAUCAUGUGUGCACAAUAAGGUGUGACGACGUUGCUUGCAAUCCGUAGAGCGACAAACAGACUUAGACUGGCAUCUCUUCGCUGUGUGGGAAGAGCGCAAACAAUUGAAGCACAGGUUUGAUGUUUGUGCUAACUCUCUGCGGACCGCUACAUCCAUUUCCUUGAACCGGUCACAGUGAAAGAUUGGAUGAUCCUUCGAACAUUUAGCGCACGUUGGUGAUGAGGAUUACACCUUUUCACCACCGUGUGCUUUCGGGUAUUCCUUUUUUACGACGUCUCCUUGGCUUGUCCGCUCCUUGAAGGCUGUGCACAUCUCGAGUGCAUCGCAGUGCUUCUGCAGGAACUCCAAGAAGUCUGUGAACGUUGGGCUAUCGACAUCAAAUCUAGAGCUGUUUUUCAUUACAUCAUAUCUAACAGAAACGUCAAACGGAGAAAAUCGCAUGUGAAAAUUCCCUUGUAACUUUUAAAUUUAUUUAAAAAUUAAAGCACAUAGAAGGCUAUUAAUUCAACCAUUAAUUCUGCAUUUACUCAUUGCAGGAUCGUAUAAGCAUAUUACAUGGUUUUACCGAGGACAAUAUAGAGAUAAUUGAUAAUAAUUAUUUUAUUACAUUUUGCCGAUCGUUUUUGCUAUUAUGCUCUUACAUAUGUUGUCUUGGCAACACCGUUUGUAGAUGGCACAUUUUACUAUGACGUUUUGACAGGCGGGCUUGUAGAUGUGAUGUGUUUCCAAUGCUGUAUUGCAAUCGAGAGUUUAGAUAUGAGGUUUGGUAUUUGAAAAAGAUGCUAACUACGGUCGACUUGGCAAAACAUCACAAUGCAAAACAUCACAUCUACAAAAUGUUAGCAAAACUUUGGUACACAGUAUGUGACAUUUUGACUUAAGAUUAAAUUAACACGUAAAGAGUUAUUAUCUAUUAUUUGUAGAUGAUAAAGAGUCAAUUCUUAGCUUGUAUUUGGCGUAAUAAACUCAGUUUGUUUACAUUUGUUAGAUAUGACGUUUUGAAUAAACGGUAUAGAAAUAUCUUCUGUACCCAUAAAGACCGACUUUCUUUGUUUAUUUUCUUUAGCAAUUAGUGGAUGAGCCACGGAUCUCUCGAUUCGAAUUCGUUUCCAAGAGCCUUGAGCUGUCGUAUCCCAUCAUCUGAGGUGGCCACUAGCUUUUUUAAUCUGUGUGUAGUUAACGUUGAUGGUUGAUCGAUGAACUCUCAAACCAGAGUAACACACAGUAUACUUCUUCUUAUUAUAAUACGCUUCCAAUGUCUCUCAGGCUUGUUUGUAAUUGGCGUCACUGAUGGGAAACGAACUGACCAUUUUCUUCGCCUCGCCAUCCAAGUACGAGAACAGAUACUGCAUUUUAAGCGAGUCAUUUAGAUCCGUCCUGCUGUGGAUCGUGCUAACGAACAAAUCCUUGAAUGAGUGCCAAUUCUUCCGUUCUCCCUUGAACAUCGGGAUGUUGAGCUGAGGAAGCUUCACGUUCAGUGGGUUGUUAUGAUUGGACACAUGCCCGGCAGCCGAAGCUGUUGUGGGAUGAAUUUGAUGCAUUAUCAAGGCUUGCUGUGUUUCUACAAGAUUCGCUUUAUCUGGAAGUAAACUUAAUCAAAUUUUAUUUCAUUUUCUUAUUAAAGACAAAAAUAUAAAGAAAAUGUGGUCGUUUCCAAUACCGUUGUUUGUAUGCCCUUUCAUACAACGUAUAUUAUUUUGCAAGAUCUACCUAAAUCAAUGCGGUAACACAUA